AUGAUCUCACAAUGCGAUAGUGAUGGUAUGUGGUCACAUGUCUUCCAAGCUACCUACACCUGUUGUGCAAACUCAUUUGGAGACCUAGGUGUCUGUUCCAUUAACCGCCAUCUAGGUCUUGGUGCGCAAACUCGCUACUGUACGAGUAUUAAUAACGAGCGUUUCAGUGCUAAUGCACAUCCAUCUUGGCAUGUGUCUGCCAAGACAUUCGUUUGGUGAAACUCAACUCGCCACCAUCCAACCGAAUUAAGUUACCGUGCCUUACAAGACUGGUCCCGGUGCACCAAACUAUCAUACUAAGAGCCGUAAACUUAAUCUUGGUUUAGGGGUAAGUGUUCCUCCAUCCCCGACUACCACUGUUCACACGUUCCUCGCUCUCAUCCUUUGACCCGAACCCUCGGCAAGGUCGACUAAGAACUUCUCCACCCUUGUGCGAAUAUCCUUCGCUUGCUCAAUCCCCUUUCCCUACUUUCGAUUUGAUGAGCCUGGCCGUUUGACGGACUCAACGCAAACGAAAUUGUCGCCCGUCGCGUCCCCAUCACCCUCCGCCGGUUUGUCGUCUUACAACGCUUCUCAAACCCAAGUGCCUGGACAGGCUUCCUCAUCUCCGUCGACGUCGCUCGCAUUAGAUCCGUCACCUUACUCUUCGGCCCUUAGCCUUCAGCAAUCAGGCUCCUGGAGCGACGGUCAGGAGGACGAGACGGAUAAGCCUCCAGAGAGCUCUCAGGUUUCACCUUCUUAUAGCAACCAAGAUCCUGAGCCUCCCCCACCACCCUAUACUGAAUCUUCUUCCCCGAUCUGCUCGUUCGCCUUCUGUAUGGCUACUGCCGGCGGAUCCGCUUCUAUUAUUACGCAGGUUCAGCAAGGGGGCCCUCCUCCUCUUACAACACUUGGUGGUAGGAUCACGUGCCACCCCUUGCUUUCAUUUGAUGCCUGUGUUAACGUCCCCUCCACAGAUACUGCAAGCGAAGAGAAUCUCACUCUAGAUCUUCGGUAUCGAAUCCUUUCUCCUUGCCCCACUACUUGUCGGCGGGUUUUCCCGUCCCUUUCUAUUAACUUUUCCGGCUAUUAGAGGUACCCAAUUUGUCCUUUCCCGCGACGAGCUCUUGACUCUGCCUGAAUUCGUCUUAUUGUCACUCUUCCCUAAUGGCCUUUUCCCCGAUGGCCAGAUGAAUUCCUUCCAUGACGAGGGUGUGCAUUCGGUCGAUGUAAUCUUCCCUCGCUCAUGCUCCCAAUGUUAUAUUUCUGAUUUGAUUCCAGUUCGACCCGGUUUGUCUUCAGUACAUGUUGGAUUUCUUUCGCCAAGUGUCUUCUACUAUUACUGCCUCCACCAGCGGCCGUGAUGACGCCGAUGUAGAGAAUGGCGCGUCCCCUUCUAUUCCUACCAGCGUUCUUCAGGACCGGGCCGGCAUAAUUGUUUUAAGGGAGGAUCUUGAUUUCUAUGUCAUCCCACCCCGCAGAGAUAUUUCUCAUCCAGAGAUGGUCUCUGUCAAGCAAAAUGCAGGCAAGGUGCUUUUAAAACAGGACGGGAUUUUCUCCGGCUUGAGGAGAACCGACGAUGCCGGGACUACUGAACAGCAUCUUAUCGAGAUGUUGACAGCAGGGUAAGAAUCUCCGCAUUAUUUCCCUAUUUUCUACCCCAUCCCUGGCUUACGUGCCAACUUUGAAUCUCCCCGAUUUCUCUAUAGUGGAUUCAACACGGAUGAUCGGUGGGGACACCGAGCUGGUGAACCGAAUAAAGCUGUCAUUUGUAGUCUUGCCCUCGCCAGGCUUAGGACCGACAUGAGAUCGUCGACCGGCGAUGGGAAGGAAAAUAGCACAGUUGGUAUGGCUCAGAAGCUACUUCUGUUCUGGAGAAAACCUGCUGUAUGAGUACUUCUAGCUUCUAAAGAAUCACGCACCAAUAGCGGCCGCUGACACCAGGUUAUGGAACUUACAGAGACGGUGUUGGUGGGAAGGUAUAGACUUAGAGGGCGUGGAGGGCGUGGAUGGUAAACUAAAGGUUUGGAUUCGUCGCGUUUGGACUUUAGAAAUGGUAUGUCAUGGUCGUUCCCGCUUAGAUUUACUCAGAUUUCAAUCCACCGUUCCAUCAUCGCCCACCUCACGUGCUAACAAUUAUGAAGAGUGUUAUCGGCCUGCGCUAAGGUCUCUUCAACCCUUGAUCAUUUCUCAUCUCGUUUACUGUGCUGGGUCCAGAAAAAUUCUUGACAAGAUUAGGCAUAUCGCCAGUAUAAUAAUUUCUCUCAUUCUGUCAAUUUUUUGUUUCUCAACCUCCCUCUUCCUUGAAGCCUCAUUUCUCUUGAAUUUCCUUGCGUCCUCCCAUCCAGCAUGAAGCACGCGCCAAAACGUGGGCAGUGCCCGGCUAUCUUUUUCCCAUCUCAUGGUUAAUUCAAGGCGUUUGCCGUCUUUUGAUGUUUUAGUUCGAAUUAUCACAUUUCUAUCCUCAUGUUUUGUCUACUUUUAUUUCCUAUAAUUUCACAAUCCACCCUAUAGUUUUUUUUUCUACCGCCAUGGCCUCUGUCUAUACCCCAGUCACCUAUUCGCCGGUCAUCUGCAGUUGAGCUCCUGGCUUUUUCCAAUGAGAAUUGCGACCGCACUCUCAUGCCUAGUCGGGUUACAGUGAGGCAACGUAGCUUGCGUGUCCGUAAACUAGCUCUAUGGUUUCUUAUAUUUUGGUUUCUCCUCGGGUUAACGCUGGAUUGUAGAUCAUAUUCAUAAUUAAAAUGGAUCAAGGGACAAAAGUUUAAAUG